AUGAUUUCACAAACCAACGAGGCCCCCGCGCCCGUCAAGGCCAGCCAAGGCUACGACAGCAAUGCCUCGUCCAAGCACGCCGACGACGCCUCGCGGCACGCCGGCCUGCUGCCCUCGGACCACUCCGACCCCGAGGUCGGCUUCGAGCACAGUGAUGAGCUCACCAACGACCAGAUGAAGAAGCUCGCCGCCUCUGGCAACGCGCACUUCCACCGCCUCGGCUGGAAGCGCCUCGCCAUCGUCACCAUCGUCGAGGCCGUCGCCCUCGGCGCCCUCAGCCUGCCCAAGGCCUACGACACGCUCGGCAUGUUCCCUGGCGUCUUCCUCACCAUCACGCUCGGCCUCAUCGCCAUCUUCACCAGCUACAUCGUCGGCCAGGUCAAGCUCAAGUACCCGGACGCCGCCAGCUACGCCGACGCCGGACGGCUGCUGCUCGGCCGCUUCGGCUACGAGCUCUUCGGCGCGGCCAUGGUGCUCGAGCUGGUCAUGGUGGUCGGCUCGCACGCGCUGACGGGCAGCAUCGCGCUCGGCGACCUCAACAACGGCAAGGUCUGCUCGGUCGCCUUCUCGGCCAUCUCGGCGGUCAUCCUGCUGGUGCUGGCCAUCCCGCCCUCCUUCACCGAGGUCGCCAUCCUCGGCUACGUCGACUUUGUGUCCAUCAUCGUCGCCAUCGGCAUCACCAUCAUCGCCACCGGCGUCCAGGCCACCAACAGCGAUCACGGCCUCUCCGGGGUCGACUGGAGAGCCAUGCCUAAAGAGGGCCUCAGUUUCUCUGAGGCAUUCGUCGCCGUCAGCAACAUCAUCUUUGCCUUUAGUUUCGCCAUUGGUCAGUUCUCCUUCAUGGACGAGAUGCACACCCCGACCGACUACAUGAAGUCCAUCUGGGCGUCGGGCAUGAUCCAAAUCUUCAUCUACACGGUGACGGGCGCGCUGUGCUAUGCCUUCAUCGGAAGCAGCGUUCUCGCGCCGGCGCUGCUCUCGGCCGGCCCGACCGUCUCCAAGGUGGCCUUUGGCGUCGCCCUGCCCGUCAUCUUCAUCUCGGGCUCCAUCAACUCCACCGUUGCCCUGCGAUACAUCCACGGCCGUAUCUGGAAGAAGUCGAUCGUGCGAUAUGUCAACACCCCUAGAGGCUGGUUCUGGUGGAUCUCCCUCGUCACCGUCUUUACCAUUAUCGCCUGGAUCAUCGCGGAGGCCAUCCCCAUCUUCUCGGACUUGCUCUCGCUCGCGUCUGCCCUGUUCGUUUCUGGAUUCUCCUUUUGGAUCCCGGCGGUCAUGUGGUUCUAUCUUCUCUGCGAAGGCCCGUGGUUCUCGCGCAAGAACAUCCUCAUCAGCCUCGGAAGCAUCGUCGCCUUCAUCGUCGGCAUCGUGACUCUGGGCGCUGGCACGUAUGCCACCAUCAACGAUAUUAUUGAACAAACUACAAAUGGCGGCGCCCAUCGCCCAUUUGCGUGUCGCCCGCUCCCUGGUGCUGCCGGCGGCCACUAA